AAUAAGAGAAAUACACAAAUUUUUUUUUUCUCUCCUCAUAACUCAUUCCAAAGUGUAACUGACACGUCAACGUAGUUUUUUUCUGUUUGGUUUCCGAGAAAAUCCACUCAACUUCCUCCUGCACCACCUCAAAAAUGGAGAAAACAUGGCCAGCUCGAUCGAAUGCUUCUCACUUCACUGCACUCCCACUCAUAAACAAAGUCAAAGACAAAGACAACAACGACAUCGACCAAUUCGAUCUCUUCUCCAAAAAACUCUGCUUCAAAUUCCCCCCCAAAUUCACCAAUUCCUCGUUCCGUACCACCCGAUUCUUCUCCAAAUCAUCGCCCCCCUCCACCUCGCGCCCGUCGAGCCCCCGCGACUUCUCGAUGCUUCCGGACGACGUGCUCACCAAAAUCGCCGCGGCUUUCAGCCACCCGAACCUUCAAACGGCGUCGCUCGUCUGCAAGUCGUGGAGGGACGGUCUUAGGCCGCUGAGGGAGGCGAUGGUGUUUUUGCGGUGGGGGAAGCGGUUCAAGCACGGCCGCGGCGGCGUGAAGCCGAACCUCCAGAAGGCUCUGGACUCGUUCUUGAAAGGGGCGGCGCGUGGCUCGACGCUUGCUAUGGUUGAUGCUGGUCUUGUUUACUGGGAAAUGGGGAAGAAGAAGGAGGGGAUUGCUUUGUAUCAACGCGCGGCGGUGCUCGGUGAUCCCGCCGGUCAGUGCAAUUUGGGGAUUUCGUACCUGAAAG